AAAGUCCGUCCCGACAGCCCCGAUGACCGCAAUUACCUCCUAGCCUUGAAUGAGGUGUGGGAUGAGCUGGAGGCCCUGUUGAACAGCGACGUCGGUUGGCAGUGGGCCGACGCGCGUGAACUCUACGACAUCCUCGGUGAUGAGAACGUUCGGAAGGGCUUAAUCAAGUACUCAUUUUCAAAUUGUUGCUUGCCGCAAAUCGACCAGAAUUUCUAG